AUGUUGCGCGAAGUUAAACCCAAGAACCCGCGCACUGCGCGUAUUCUUAAGGCGCGGGAGCCUCAACUCAUUGAGGGUCCCAAGAAGACUCUAUUGCUGCACGGCACCAAAUGCCCCCAAGCUCUCGACACCGUUCUCAAGACCUUUAACUCCCUCACAAAGCCAAACUCCGUACUAUUCCACAAGAAGAAUGCGAAUGUCCACCCCUUUGAGAACACCGAGAGCCUUGAAUUCAUGGCCAACAAGAACGACUGUGGAUUGGUAGUCUACGGAAGUAGCAACAAGAAGCGACCCAACUGCGUUACACUGGCCCGAAUUUUCGACUCACAACUCUUGGAUCUGUGCGAGCUGCUUCUCCUGCCACCAGCAGACGGUAGUUCCAUUCCCCCUAUCAACGAACUCGUCAUGCACGUUGGCCAAGGACUGCGCCCAAUGAUGCUCUUCGCUGGAAGCCCAUGGGACGACCCGACAUCCUCUGCGCACGUUAUGCUGAAGAGCUUCUUCCUGGAUUUGUUCAAGGGCGAAGAAACCGACCGUAUCGACGUUGAGGGUCUCCAGUAUGUCAUGAUGGUUGGAGCGGAGGAGGCCCGCGAGGGUCUGUCACCUAUUGUGCACCUGCGCUGGUACAAGGUGGUUACCAAGCGUAGUGGACACAAGCUUCCGCGUGUUGAGUUGGACGGAAUCGGUCCCAAAUUCGAUUUCAAGAUUGGACGCACACGUCCUGCUGCGGCCGAUCUGAUGAAGCAGGCCCUGAAGCAGGGCAAGCGACCCAACGAGGAGGGCAGGACGAAGAAGAACAUCACUAUGGAUUCUAUGGGUGACAAGGUUGGCCGUGUUCACUUGACCAAGCAGGAUCUGAGCGACCUCCAGACCCGUAAGAUGAAGGGUUUGAAGCGUCGGGCUGAUGGGGAGUCCGAUGAGGGCGAGGAUAUGAUGGAUGUGGAUGAUGAUGAUGAUGAUGAGAUCUCCGAGGAUGAGGGCCACAAGCGGGCUCGCACAAACUAG